AUGUUUGUACUCCCUGACUCAGAAAAUAAUGAGAUGGCCUUUAUCGAAGCUGAUCCUAUUUCUCGCGUUCGUAAUCCUCGGCAUGGUCGUUUUCAAUAUAGCGUACCACAUGCUAUUUUCUCGAAUUCAAGCACUUCUAUGGUAUUGAAUUUUACAGAUAACCAAACUUUAGCCGAUGAACUGGCAAAGAAGGUUUGA